GGAGGUGGGCGAACUGCAGUUUAUGUAGCCAUAGAUUACUGCCUGCAGCAACUUCAAUCAGAAGACAGGGUGGAUGUAUAUGGUACCGUUUUACACCUCCGCAGGUUCAGGAAAAAUAUGGUGCGAACAGUAGUG